AUGUUCUCCCGCUCGAUUGUCGGCUCUUUCCGCCAGGCCGCUGCUCGCCCCGCCGUCAUGGCCCGCCCGGCUGUCGCCCGUGCCGUCGCUGUCCGCGGCUACUCGGACGCCGCUGAGGCUAAGGACGAGAAGAAGGCUGAGGAGGGACAGUCCGACGAGGCCAAGAAGAUUGCUGAGCUCGAGGAGAAGCUCAAGGAGUCCACCAAGGAGAUGCAGUACCUCCGCGCCGACUACCAGACCGUCGUUCGCCGUGGCCAGGAGGAGAAGGCCAAGGCCGCCGACUUUGCCAUUGCCAAGUUCGCUCGUGCCCUUCUCUCUACGUCGGACGUUCUCUCCCAGGCUCUUAAGCACGUCCCGCAGCCCGUCGACAAGGGAACGCCCCUCGCCGACCUCGUCACCGGUGUUGAGCUCACCCAGAAGGCUCUGAACCAGACCUUCAACCUCCACGGCAUCACGCCCAUGGGCGACCUUGUCGGCGAGCAGUUCGACCCCAACAACCACGAGGCUAUCUUCCAGGUCCCCGCCGCUGUUGCCCCCAAGCGCCCGGACGGCUCUGACCGCCAGCCCGGAGAGAUCAUCGAGGUCCAGAAGCUCGGAUGGCUCAUCAAGGACCGCACCCUUCGCCCCGCUGAGGUCGGUGUCGUCCAGAUGGAGUAA